AGUAAUAUCUAAUAUCAUAUAUAACUAUCACUGUUGGGCAGUCAUCAGUUCAGUCGGUCGUCGAUGCGGAAGCCGUCGGUAAAAAAAAAAUCACAAAAAAUACCAUUUUUGCUUCUCUGGUAAAUAAUACGAACAUACUUUACGCUUAAUCGCACCAACAACAAUAAUAAUAAUAGUUUGUCAUGGAUUCCGAGACACUUCAGAUUGCAAAAGAAGAGCUCCGAGAGGACGAGGUUACCCGCGAAAAUGCUUUAACCCAAAUAAGAUUGUGGUUGAGACAAAACAAAAAAAUUAUCAACUCGCGUACGGACGAAAACUUCUUGUUGAGGUUUCUCAGAGCUAAGAAGUUUAGUCUACCCUUGGCCCAGGAAGCACUUGAACGGUACUUGUUACUGCGACAAACUUUCGGUCAGCGACUGUUCUACAAACUGGACGUCAAAUGUCCCAGACUGGAAAAACUGUUGUCGUUGGGGUACAUAUUUGUAGUGCCCAAGCGGGAUAAAAACGGCCGCCGUAUAAUCAUAACAAGACCCGGCGUUUUCGACCCUUCCAAAUGGACCAACGAAGACAUGUGCCGAAUGCACGGAAUGACAUAUGAAACGCUGAUGGAAGACCAAAUAAAUCAAGUCCGUGGCUUUGUACAUUACACUGAUGCCGCGGGCAUGAGUUUGCAACAGAUGACACUGUUCACGCCACGAGAAGCGAUCAGAAUCGUUAAAAACGGAGAGAGAACUCUCCCAAUGCGACAUAAAGAAAUUUAUGGCGUUAACGUGCCCACAACGCUAAAGUAUGCAUUGGAUUUCGGUAUGUCGUUGGUAUCUGAAAAAAUUCGGAGUCGAGUAAAAAUAUUCAGUACAAUUGAAGAGAGUCAUUCGUACGUGGACAAGACAUUGCUUCCAAAGGAAUACGGUGGAGAAACGGAAAUGUCAACGAUGAUAGGUAAUUACGAUAUUUUUGGUUAUAAAAAUUUUGCUCUAAUAAUAUAUUACAUCCACACGAGUGUAGAUUUGUGGAGAGAAGAAUUGCUGGAAAAACGGGAACAGAUUCUGAAAAAUGAAAAAAUGUCUGUCGAGGAGGAUCUGUUCAGCGAGGGUGCACGACAAGGUCGAGUGUCCGCAUUGAACAACAACAGUCCCCAGUUUAUGGUCGGUAGUUUUCGCAAACUUGCAGUGGAUUAGUUUUUAUUAAAACUUUUAAACUACCUAAAUAAAUAUAUACAUAAUAAGAUCUGAAUUCGCAACGUUAAAAAUGUUACCUUAACGAAAAAUAAGUAUCUGAAAAUAAAAAUAUUUAUAUCAGUAAAAACACUAGUUAUAGGUCUGUGAAAUUAUAUAAUAAUAUAUAUGAUGGCUAAUUUGAAAACGCAAAAUAAAUAAAUAAUAAUAAUAAAAAAAUGUUCAACAUUUUUUUAUUGUUAUGUCUUCAAUUAUAUGAAUAUUAUUAUUUUAUAUACAACUACUAUUGUUAUCGAGUUUAAAUUAAAUUUGUAUAACUUCAAAAAUAAUUUGAAUUAACGACAAUUUUUUUUUUAGUAUGAACAUUUUUCUUUGUUAUUAAUAAACAAACGAGUUUUUAUUAAAUUUCAAUUCAAUGAUAAUGUAACUAUUUCUUAUUUUUGUAAUAGUCAAUAACAAUUACGUCCAAAUUGCAAAACAAACUAAUGUGUUUGUUGUAUUUUUAAACAAAUAAGUAAAAGUGUAAAUUAAUAAAAGUUACAUACCCGACAUCCAGGUAUGACAGUUUUGAGCAAAUUAAUUUUACCUGUGAAAAAAAAAAUGUAUACACAAUAUAUAUUAUGUUAUUAUGUAUAAAUAGUAAUCCUCAGCAGUUACAUUUAUGAUUUGUUUAAUGAAAAGAAAAUGUUAUUCUGUUGUUAAAUUUACUGACACAAAUAUAACUGUUUAAUAAAUGUCCUUAUACAAAAAUAAAAUGUAUAGUUUAUUAGUGACGAAAACUGUUUUUCAAUAUAAGACAACG